AUGAUAAUUCCAGAGCUCACCACCGCCGACCCCAAGGCACCCCCGCCCACACAGGAGGCCCAUCGCGACUGUCGUGACGGCCUUUUAGCGCACCUCCCUCGGUACGCAACAGUUGCGCUCGCUUUAUUCGCUGCGCUCGCUGGCCUUGGCUUGCUCUCACAAAGACCCGACGUCCUCCGCCUCUUCACCCCACUAUACGAUCCCUCGACACCAUCCCUUGCGCGUGUCGACCAUACCGGCAACACUUCACUCCCAGACAAUACGCUUGUUGCCAGGAUGGCGCUGAACAACUCGAGCGGGGCUACAAGCCUUGCUCGCGUCUAUGCAGAUGUCAAUGCGAACAUGCCCCGGUCAUACUGGGACUACGACUCUGUCAACAUCUCCUGGGGCGUGCUCGAGAACUACGAGGUCGUCCGCAAGAUUGGCCGCGGAAAGUACUCGGAAGUCUUUGAGGGCAUCAACGUCGUCAACUAUCAGAAAUGCGUCAUCAAAGUCCUCAAACCCGUCAAGAAGAAGAAGAUAAAGCGUGAGAUCAAGAUCCUGCAAAAUCUGUCGGGUGGCCCCAACAUCGUCUCGCUGCUGGACGUGGUGCGCGACAACCAGAGCAAAACCCCUUCGCUGAUUUUUGAAUAUGUCAACAAUACUGACUUUCGGAGUCUGUACCCCAAGUUCCAGGACUAUGACGUGCGAUACUACAUUUUUGAAUUGCUCAAGGCCCUCGACUACUGCCACAGCAAAGGCAUCAUGCACCGUGAUGUCAAGCCUCACAACGUUAUGAUCGACCAUGAGAAGCGGAAGUUGCGCCUAAUCGACUGGGGUCUAGCGGAAUUCUACCACGCAGGAACCGAAUACAACGUCCGCGUCGCGUCACGUUACUUCAAGGGUCCUGAGCUACUAGUCGACUUUCAAGAGUACGACUACUCGCUCGACAUGUGGUCACUAGGUGCCAUGUUCGCCUCGAUGAUCUUUAGGCGCGAACCUUUCUUCCACGGCAACAGCAACUCAGACCAGCUUGUCAAGAUUGCCAAGGUUCUUGGAACCGAGGACUUGUUCGACUAUCUCGACAAGUACGACAUUGAACUAGAUGCCCAGUAUGACGACAUACUCAGCCGGUAUCCCAAGAAGCCGUGGCACUCGUUCAUCAAUGCCGAGAACCAGCGCUUUGUCAGUAAUGACGCGAUUGACUUCCUCGACAAGCUGCUACGAUACGACCAUCAGGACCGACUGACUGCCCAAGAAGCCAUGCAACAUCCUUACUUUGCUCCUGUCCGACAGGCUGCGCAGCAAAAUAGCGCCGCGGCAUGA